UUCACCGGUUUGUAGGCAUCACGUGAUCCGUCAUGGCGGCCUGAGGCUGCUAGCCUCCGUAGGUCGUUCGAAAAUUCUCAGCCUUCGCUUCUAAAGAAAAUUCCCCGUCGACGCCCGCAUUCUUCGCCGUCACCAUGGCAGGCACCACGACGUCCAAGUGGACCGUGACCGCGACCACCCUCAUAUCCGUGCUAGUCAUUUUCUACGCCAUAUACUACAAGAGACAGGCCGACGACGUUCUACGUGAGAGGCUGCAGCUAAUACUCGACGGGCUGCUCAAAGCCGAGAGUCAGGUCUCCGUGGCGCCCAAAACCCGCAUAGCCAUCGGCUUCGGCUCCUGUCAGGACCUGAUUGUUCAGAGUUCCGAACUGUUCGCGCACAUCCAGCCGCCCGACGAUCCGGAACACAUCGAUGUCAUCGACACCGAGCGCGAUCUUCAGCGUGUCUUCGCCUACUACUUCCGUCACGGGGCAGCGGCCGAGCGAUUUGUUUCCAACACAACGCUAUUUGCCGAGCUCGUCAAGGCGGCAAAGAGCGCCGACAGUGCCGAGUUCCACAUUGGGGGCAAUGCACCCUUGAUGGCACGGCGCUUUGCCUACGAGGGCUGCGAAGUACUCCUCGGGGCUCACAUGUCACCCAAGCUGCGUGCCGAGCUGCCGGAGGGCAUAACUGUGGCGGGACCGGAAGUGAGCGACGACGAGGUUCACCUGCUCAUUGAGUACCCGGCCGGCGAACGGUGGGGUCAUCUUCACUCUCCACGUGCCAACAGGUUCAUAAUCCACAAUGACCACACCAAUCCCAAGUUGGCCUCCAUCGAAAGCUUUGUGCCGGAGCUGGAAAAAUUCAAGCCGAAGCUGUUGGUUGUGUCUGCGCUUCAGAUGAUGGACAACUUCCCAUUUGAAAAAGGCCAGAGACAGGAGCACGUCCGUGAAGUCCAAAACCUGAUGAAGCGCACUGACCAGUCCGUGCCACUGCACUUCGAGAUGGCCUCGUACACGGACACGUCACUGCUGCACGAGCUGGUCGAGCACGUGCUGCCGUACGCCGACUCACUGGGCAUGAACGAGCAGGAGCUGCCCAACCUGCUGAGCAUCCUCAAGUACGGCAACGUUUCGUACGUCUCCGACUCGUACCCCCGGGUCGCCACCGUUCUCGACGCCAUGCGCGACGUCUACGAGUUGCUGAAGGCAAAUUCCCCGAAGAAAGGCAGCACCAAUCCAGAUGACGAAGGUCGGAGGCCGCUCACCCGCCUACACAUCCACACGCUUGCCUUCCAGGCUAUCCUCGUCGCCAACGACUCGCCGUGGAAGAACUCGCUCGCUGCGGCCGCGAAGGCAGCGCUCACUGCCCACCGUUACACUUGUGGCUCGCACGACAUUGAUACAACACAUGCACGGGUAAUCAUGGAUGACUCGUUCACAACGAGCCGUGGCAAUGGUGGUCGGCGCAUACCGUUCAACAACGAACGGCCCGUCGCCUGCUGGCAGGAGCGGGACUUCGAGAUCUGCGUCGCACCAGUACUUGUGUGCACCAAGGUCCUCCAUACUGGCGGAGGCGGGGACAACGUGUCAGCUGCUGGUAUAGUACUGCAAGUCUAGCAGCAGCUCCGGGCUGACCGUGAGCCAACGACAGCCAAAUCGCAAGCCAUUUCUCGAGUGGUUGUAUAAUAGCAAACUUUUGGAUGUCACAGGGCGUUUUGGACCCUGCCACCAGUGUGGAAUAAUUGGUUUCAUCAACUCCGUGUUUUGGUUGUUUCUUAACUGGGGGGAAGUGACGGCUGAGGUUUAAGAUGUUUCUUGAUAAGCAGCAUUGGGAGCCUAUCAUAUCACUACUCCAAAAUAGCUUGUAAACUUUAUCCCUAUCACAAGAAAGCUGAUAAAGAUUGUUUUAGUUGAGCUAGUUACGUUAAUAGUACCAGGCAUUGGCCACUUGCUGUGUUGAGGGUAUCUGAAGUGGUGAAAUGGUAGCACUGAUUGCUGCAGUUAUUAAUUGGUCAUUGUAGAGGUAGUUGUACAUUGAGGUUUAUUCUAUUUGUUGUAAUAUAUACUUUGAGAAAAACUGUUUAUCAGUCGCAUCUAGAUCCUGUCUGGGUUCACGGUUUUGAUUGGUUUCCUCUACAUAUUGCCCUAUUGUGCGGAAAUUCCUUUUUCACCUUUUGGGUGUUAAAGUAUACAUUCCUCUGCAGUGUAAGCUGCAUUUUCUUAGGCUAAAUUCGUUUUUCACGACCAUUCUUGCUUUCUUGUUGCAUUCAGCUUGAGUGACAUGUAUUGCAGUUCAUUAUAGAAUGCAUAGUGCUCCCAACAUAUGACCAGUUCUUUCUUAUUUAUUUUAAAAGUGUCCGUAGAUUGGUCUUGCAAGCUAGAUCCACCAAAUCAAAUCAAAAUUUUUACCAUUCUUUACGUGUUGGCAGCAGUAAGGUUAGGUUAGACAGCCAUGCAAAAGCACAGGAAGAGAAGCAACAUAUUGCUAGACCUUGCCAUUUACCAUAUUUUCUGGACUAUGUCGUUCGCAGGGGCAAAUUUGGAACUGUAGUGUGUUUCUUUAUUAUUUAUUUAGCUAGCAGCCACUGUAUAGUCUAGGAUGAAUUCCGAUUGAAUAUAUAUAUAUAUAUAUAUAUAUAUAUAUAUAUAUAUAUAUAUAUAUAUAUAUAUAUAUAUAUAUAUAUAUUUUCCAUCCAGUAUACUAUCAGCAAAAUAUAUGUAUUAUCAGUCAGUAAAACUGUUUCCUUUAUUAUAGUGCAUAUUAUUAGACUUCGAUAAAUGAACGCACUAGACAAUGCAACAUAAUAAAAGGUUCCAGAUGCAUUUAAGCCAGGCUUAUUUUUUUUAAGAUGUGUCUACGAGGGACACUAAAUAGAACAUACCGUAUUUACUCGCAUAAUGAUUGCACUCGCGUAAUGAUCGCACCCCUGAAUUUUGUCGUCAAAAUUCGAUUUUUUUUAUUUCCCGUGUAAUGAUCGCACCCUGAACUUGCCGCAGCGAUGUGUCGUGUGCCAAGCCUAGCUAAUAAUGAUCGCGCUUACCAUCUGUCGAAUGCUACGCGAACGACUCGUCUGCACGCACCAAACAUGCUUAAGUAGAUGCCUCAUUUCAUUACUUUCAUCACUUUCCGCACUUCCAUGGCAAAAAGAGGUACAACCAAACUUGCCUUUAUUAUGGGUAGGCUUUAUAAUGGUUGUAGUCAACAAAAACAAAAAAGGCACCUUUCGAUUCUUUUCAUCUGCAGUCGUGAGCACGCAACAAAUCGCGCGCGGCAAUGAUAGUAGCCACGUUUACACUGAUACGUUAAAAGUGUGCCCUAUUCAUACGCCAACGCUUGUAACACAGCUAAGAUAUUCGCCCGCCCUUAGCGGAAACGUGCCGUGUUAGGAUAGUAGUGAAAACAGAUGCUGCAGUUUCCGCAGCACGCCGGCCAUGGGUUUCUGUCACUGGCAGCUAAGCGCGCCCAUCUGUUUCUGUCCCCUCUAAGUGCACAUGGGUACGUUAUUGCCGCAAACUUGCCGAUAUUAACUAUAUUAUUCAUCACUGACACGGAAGAAACUGGUUCAAUGCACGUAAUGUACUCACGAGAAGAAAAAAAAAGAUAGCGUUCGGCGCGUUCGGCUUGCUCCGCAGGCCGCCAUUUUUGUUUUGGCGUCCUGCAUCCCGCAGCAAACGCGGAACGAAAAAAAAAAUUUUUUUCUGCGGGAAAUUUAAUUCGCGUAAUGAUCGCACCCCUGAAUUUGGGUCAAUUUUUUCUGACAAAAAAGUGCGAUCAUUAUGCGAGUGAAUACGGUAUAUUUGUGAUGGGUUAGUAAAUUGCCCAUCCACAAUAUAAAAAAAACUGCUCCUACUGUGAGAAUAUGGUUCGUUAUACAGAAAAAGGCAAAAACACAAAACUAGAGCCAAGCCUCCUGAAAAUUUCCAUGCUAGCUAGCCAUGACGUCAUGAAUGUCAACACCGCCUCCUAAAACCUAGGUAAGCUUUUAGGCGUAAAAAUUAAUGACGUAUUCCGAAAGAGCCAAAGACAACCUUAGCAAGUUUCAUAGACAUUUACUGAACCACAAUUGCCAAUCAAAACCACAAUCAAAAGCGUGCAGUAUGCUUCUAACGGUGCUAUGCCACAUGUGUUGUGAAACAGAUAGGCAAAGAUGCUUAUGGCAGUUGGGUUGGCGGCGAUAGCUGUGUACGCAGUGUGCGAGAACCUGCAACGAGAUUUGCUGGAGCCUAAGAGGAAAGAAGUUAGUGCCAGCAUUUUUGCAUGACAUGUGGGUGAGCACUAUGGGCAUGCUACUGUGGCAGGCACCUACAGCUCACAAUUGCACAUGCCUCGCCGUUCUUCGUUCGCAUGUAAUCUAAUGACCAGAAAACGUAUCAUUCGACCGUGCUUUGGUGAUGAACUGAACGUUCGUACCGAAAGAUAGUGUUUUCUGGGAAGGUAUUAAGUGGCAAAAGAGAAGCGUAACUGUAUGGGGUCAUUUUUUGUGUUCUCGAUCAUUAACGUUGAUGCCAGGGAAUUGUACGAAAUGGGAUUUUAUCAAUGAGGUUCUGCUGUAAUACACACAUGGCACUAACAAUUAUUUUGAAAUACCAUGAUCGUUUUUACACAUAGCAGGUACUGUGCAUCUGAUGAGGUAGAGAACCAUAUUCACUUUGCGAAUAAUCUGCUCUUCAGAAGAUUCCCUUCCUAAGAAUGCUAAUUAUUUUGCUGACAAGCGCGUAUAAUGCCACACUGAUAUCCUCGCAUAUUUUAUACGAUACAAUCUACAGACCUACGAUCCAAAUGGGUUAUUUUCCUUGUUCUCUGCUGCAAACAUGAACUGGGAAAAUUAGUAAGAGCGAGGAGUGUAAUCAACAAUUUUCUACUGCAAUUUGCUGUUUAUGCUAGACCUGCUUCUUCACGGUGUCGUUUUUGUGUUGUGUUGAAAGGUUGUCAGGCAUACUGUCGAAAACGCAAAUGGCAAGACAGUAAGCUAAAAGUGAAGGGCUCUUUACUUUCUUGGUAGGAGGCAGCAACAAUUUCCUCUAGUAACAAUAUAUAUAUUUUCUUUUGCGCAUCAGAUAUGGCACAAAUGGUGCUUAUGUCGGAAGCUGUGCUUGAAUGCCAUGUUUUGUGAUGAACAGGAUCAGGCUUUCUUGUGAAAUGCCACCACCCUUUCUACUCGAUUUAUUUUUCCAAUUUAUUGCUUUCUAAUUGCUUUUUUUAGAUAGGGGUUGAGUAUGUGAAAUUCUUUUGUGGGGAAAAGUGGGAAAAUGUGUUUUUUUUAUUGAUUGUGUGUGCUUCAUGUGCGAGAGAGAGGAUGCAGCCAAGCAGUUGGGCAUUGAAUUUUGUAAUGACGAGUUUGUAUGCAUCAUUGAGUGUGGGUUGUUGGAUAUGUUUGCAAGUGUGUAUGUACUCCUCACCAUAAAAGUUUCUUGGAGCGUGGCAUCUGGGAAGGAAUAAAAUUUGGCCGUAGCCGAUGUGUUCACGCCUGAAAGGGAGAGGUGUGCUGUAGUCCGAUCAUAAAGUAACAGAAGAAGUAAAGUGUAAAAGGUUAACUAAAUUUGCAUAGUAUAGGCUGUAGCAAGAUGUGUAUUUUGCAGGAAUGUACCAAAAACGAUACAAAAAAAAGUUGGGGACAUUGAUGGGUGGUGCUUCAUUUGGGUUGCAACUUCAGUUGGGCCGCGACAGUGCCACCUUUUGAAGACAAAUCUCUGGCUAUAAGAUUUUUUAUUACUGAAAAAAAAUAGUCUACAUUUUCUUUAUUUUUUUAUUCCUGUAAAAUCACACCUUCUAAUGGUUUAUACCUUCCAAAUUUAAUCAAAUUAAAAUUUUUCUGUUGCUUUUGUAAACACAGCACUUCAACAUAGCGCUGUCAAAUUCCAAGCUUCAGUUCCUCACCUGUUAAAGCAGCAACAGAAUUGAAAAUUUUUCGUAAACUGCAUGCUCCAAAACUUUUUUGUGGUCAGGUGUGCAUCUAUGAAAUCUACAGAGCCUCGACUCACUAUGCUGUAUGUAUAGUGAACCACAUGUUUCAGCAAACAGCUAAACAGCAGUUCUGAGUUGCUAACUUGCUAAGGAAUGAGAUGUUAUAACUGGCCCGACUUUCCUUAUUGACUAGGCUCAAUAUAGCUCACUUCCUGCAUGGAGAUCUAAUUUCAGAGUGUAGUACUGACAACUUCAAUAAUAUUACCCCAUCGGGAUGAACAAAUUUGCGUUACACAAUAUUUCAAUUAAAUGAAGUGUUUUAAAAAGCGUGAGCACCGUUUGGUGCAUUGAAACAGGGUUGAGUUGAAAAGAACAUAAAGAUAAUCUAACGUCAAAUUAAUGGAAGCCAACUGUGCCCGUACAUAUGGCUUGUAUACUUGCCUGGUUCUUCAGGUAGUUCAUGGAACAGAAUUUUUAGAAUCGGCAGUAGUUCAAGGUGAAGGCAAAGUUAGCAACACGAAAGAUUAGCUAUGUUGUGGCUAUGCCAAUAGACGGCAGUACUAGUUUAGUUUGCUAGGCUAUUUUGGGCCAUGUCCGCAGGUGGCAACCUUGUUUCACUUGCACCAUUUUAGUUCUUGCAGGUAAUUGUUAACAUGGAACAUGAUUGAGCUGUUUGUUUGAAUGUGUCAAUCAGUGUACAUUUUAUUUUAUUCUUAUUUUUAAUUUUAUUGCUGAGUAUGCAUUGGAAAUUAACCUUGUACUUGCUUGCAUGUUGCAACCUGUAAGUUUUGUUUUCAAGUGGUACUAAGUGCUUGAAGGUAUACAGUGCUGUACAAUCUAUUAUACUUUUUCUGAUUGCAAUGCAGCCAAACAGAAAAUAUUGACAUUCAUUGUCAAAUAGAAAGCAAUACAGUCAAAUCUCAAUAUAGCACUGAUAUAACAAAUUAUCUGAUAUGCCAAAGUAAAUCCAAAAUGUUUUUCGCCAAGACGUUUGUAUAAUGAUCAUAUGCUUAUAAUGAAUAUUGGAUAUAGCAGAUUUUUUUUUGUUGACCGUUGCUAUAAUGAGGUUCUGCUGUACCAGGGCACCAAUACCGAAUGUUUCAGCUCAGUUCCGUCUUUUGGAUCGGCUUGGAACAUUUUUAUGGCACAUACUUAUGAAGAUCCUGCUUAAUGGACUUUUUUUCUACUAUCUUAGGGCAUUUUACAUUGGCAUCCAUUCCCAAGUCUCAUAUCGUUGCUAAGUGUUUUUUUGGGAGGCCCCUUAUUGUUCCCAGAAUAUUUUAUAAAAGCUGAGCAAUUCUCUGAGUUCGUCAGGUAAAGAGAUGGUAUGUGUUCUUUAAACUUAGAAAAAGCUUCUAAAUGAAUUGUGCUUAACUUGGCAAAGACUGCUAGUGUUCUAGCACUUUCAUUCUGAAUGUGGCAUUGUAAAGUGCAAGCUUUUACCAUAUAGCUUAGUGCAAUGUGUGUAGCAUUGUGCUUUCAUAUUUUUUAGAAUGUGAGUAAGAACUUUUCAAUUGAAUCUUGCAAUGUGUGAGUACUGCUUUUUGAGGACUUAUAGUUACAAGUAUGGAAACUUGUUGAGCUGACAGUCAUCUUUUCUGCUAGCUUGUUUCUAGUAAUCCAGGUGAUAUGAAUUACUAUGUGUCGCAUGGUAACACUGCAUGUUGCACGUUUUUUUUUUCAGACAGGUAUAUUUUAGAAUUUGUGUAUUAUGCUGAAGCGACAAGCCGCUUCAGCAUACCUUAAACAAUGGUUUUGCCAUGGUUAGUGUAGGCACUUGCGACGGGAAACGAUUGCAUUGGGAAAAACCAAUGCGCUACCGUAGUUAUGUUUAUACGUGGCUCAGUUGUGGCAAGUGUGUUUAGGCUUGAGGUGUAGGGACCAUGGGAGUCUUUGUAUUACCUGUCAUUUUGCUCUUAGGGCCCAAAUAUUUUGUAUUGUGAAACUUUUGAAAUGUGAUAGAUGUCCCGAGUCCAGUUCUCUUUUUCUCCUUUAUUGGGAUGGUAAAGGCAUUUCGCGAGGCUGUACUAUAAGGGAAACCACAUUUUGUGGACCGAAAGCUGUGACCAAAGUAAGGCACAAUUUCAGAGCUUUGAACUGAGUUUUGGUUUGACAUUCUUUUUUGUACGAUAAGAGUGAAGGUUGAAAUAAACACGCCUUUGAAAUUA